AACACGUCACCAGGAAAUAACAUCCCGAGGUGUCAAAAUGCGGAGACAGGACUCACAAGACGCUCCUCUUUUCGGGGAAGAUGACGAUAACAUCAAGGCAACAAAGUCCAAAAUAAGACACCCGCUGGCCUCAUUCUUCCAUCUGUUCUUCCGAGCGAGUGCCAUCCUGGUCUACUUGCUGUGUGAUAUCCUCAGCAGUCGUUUCAUUGCCUGCAUGGUCACCAUCAUCCUUCUGCUGUCAUGUGACUUCUGGACUGUCAAGAAUGUAUCCGGCAGGUUGUUGGUGGGCCUUCGCUGGUGGAAUCACGUGGAUGAAGAUGGAAAGAGUCACUGGGUAUUUGAGUCAAGGAAGACACACAGUCUGAAUGGGACAUCCAGCGCCGAGUCACGGAUCUUCUGGCUCGGACUCAUCGUGUGCCCCGUCUUCUGGGUCAUUUUUGUGUUCAGCACCGUCUUCUCUUUGAAGCUUAAAUGGCUGGCUGUAGUAAUCAUGGGCUUGGUUUUACAAUGGGCCAACCUGUAUGGCUACGUCAGAUGCAAGGUGGGUGGGAAGUCCGACCUGAGGAACAUGGCAAAGAACUAUCUCGGGGUCCAGUUCUUAAAACAGGCAAUGAAGAAAACAGAAGCACCUUGAAGCUGAAGAGGCCAAGUGGCGACCACCUUAAGUGCAGCGGUGGAUGGACACGUUAUAUUUACUUGAUAUCUGUUGAAAAUGGAAGGUCUUUUCUCAGGGUAUAAGGGUUUGUGUAAUUUUUUGUAAAACCGCUUUUUGUACAAGCUGUUUCCUCCGAAUUCAUCAACUGAUGAAUGUAGUUGCUUUUGAGAACAUAAGGUAGAACGUAGUACUUUUUGCAGUGCAGAGCGCAGGGAGAGUUAUAAUUUGAAUGAUGUGAGGUAGCUGUGAAAUGUAAAUCACUAUCAAACCCUUCCUUGCUUGUUAAAAGACUGUCACAGUCCCUAAUAGGCUUGAAUUGAUCUUAAACCAGGAGUGAAAGGUCCAGUGUUUAGGAUUGAGUGACAUCUAGUGGUGAGGUUGCAGACACACUUCAUGACUCUCUCCACUGUGGAAAGAAAUGCAAAAAUGUUAUAGUCAGUGUUUGGUUAGUCUGUUCUGGCCUACUGUAGAAGCGGCAGUGCAGCAUGUUGGACUCCGUGGAAGAAGACCUGCUUCUUCUGUUGGUGUAAAGCUCAUUUAAAGGUAACGAAAACAGUUCUUAUUUUCAGGUGAUUAUACACGAAUGAAGAGAUACUUAUGAUUAAUAUGUUCCAUUUCUGCCAUAUUCUGCCCCUUAAAUCCUUCAAACUGGACCUCUAAGAAGCUGAUUCAGGAUGGUGUUGUUGUAAAAAUGAAAGCAUUAAAUGUUUUUCAUAUGAAGCUUGAGUUUGAGCCACUUUGUGACUUAGGACAGCUCAGCCCCGCAGACAGCAUCGAUGAAUGUCAUGUAUACUGUUGUGAAAAGGGCUUUUGGGGUUAAUAUUUAGAUAAAUUUCUUGCCUUAUGUCUAUUUAAACCAGGGUUGUGGUCAUUAAAGUAACACUACUGCUUUAGA